UGACGUCAUCGCAACGCGACGACAGGAAGUGAGCUCCUGGGCUGCAGUGCUGCGCGGGGUCCCGAGCUCCUAAGCCCUCGGUCUCCUUUCCCCUCUCAUUCUGACCGCGAUGGAUAAUGCUUGCGAGUCGCCCGCGGAAAAAAGUGGAGAAACAGGGGAGUCAGAUGAGAUGGCUGCUGCUCCCGGGGCUCCCGGGGUUACGGACACGGACGGAAUCCCGGAGGAAACGGAUGGAGACGGAGAUGGGGACUUGAAAGAAGCCGCGGCUGAAGAAGGCGAGCUCAAGAGUCAGGAUAUCUCAGAUUUAACAGCAGUUGAAAGAGAAGACUCAUCGUUACUUGCUCCUGCAGCCAAAAAAUUGAAAAUAGAUACCAAAGAAAAGAAAGAGAAGAAGCAGAAAGUGGAUGAAGAUGAAAUUCAAAAGAUGCAAAUCCUGGUUUCUUCUUUUUCUGAGGAGCAGCUGAACCGUUAUGAGAUGUACCGCCGGUCAGCCUUCCCCAAGGCAGCCAUUAAAAGGCUGAUCCAGUCUAUCACUGGCACCUCUGUGUCUCAGAAUGUUGUUAUUGCAAUGUCUGGUAUUUCCAAAGUAUUCGUCGGGGAGGUGGUAGAAGAAGCACUGGAUGUGUGUGAGAAGUGGGGAGAAAUGCCACCACUACAACCGAAACAUAUGAGGGAGGCUGUUCGAAGGUUAAAGUCAAAGGGGCAGAUUCCCAACUCAAAGCACAAAAAAAUCAUCUUCUUUUAGACUGAAGUCUAGAAAGACCUAUUACUGACGGAAGAAGUGCUGGUUCCAGGCUUCGUAUUGCAUGAGACUUUCUGCACUGGUGCUUUAGUAUCUCAGUCCUCCAAGGAUUCCAUGAUGUUUUAAUGUCUUUCUCAAACUCUGAUAUUCAUUACACCUAGAAGAAGGCAUGCAGCCUGUUGCCUUGACUUGGGACCCCUGAGGGCCGUUGAAGGCAUCCAGCUCUUACUGGCUAGUUUGAAGAAGGGUACAUGGGCCUUAAGCAUCUUCUGGAUGAAGGUGCUGCUUUCAGAAAGAAAACCUUUCCAAAACGGUUGGACGGUUUCACAUUGAAGCCUGAAGUUGCAAUGACUUAGGUUUUUCUUACAUCUGGUUUUAAGUAAAUGAAGCAUCCGGAAACCCUGGACUUGUGAUUCUACCAUGAAGGAUGUGGUGAGAGCACAAGUAAUGGAUUGGUUUAAGAUUCUUCUGUGAAUUUUGGCGAGUGGUCAUUAAACUGUUUUCCUCCUU